AUGAGCAUGUCAACCAGCCAUGCCACGCAGCCAAAGGGAGCGCUGAAAGUGGGAGCAAGCCUAACAGGCCAAACUGGGGAACUCUACUACAUCGAUCAGGACGGAAAGAAGCAUGCCAUUAAAAAUAUAUAUUCCACUGAAUUCGAAUAUCAGUGGGGCCUACAGACGCCUCUUGCAAGCUGCCCUAACCUAAGAGUAGUGAAGGAUACUGUUCCUGAGCACCUCUUGUUUAUAUAUGACUUCCUUACCGAAGAUUUACUCGGCCUAGCUAGGAAAGACGGUCUUUCUUAUAUAGCUAGAAAGAGAAUCCUGCGGGAUUCGUUAACUGGACUUGCCGCUCUACAUGAACGGGGCAUUUUGCACGGUGAUAUUAAGCCAAACAACAUAUUUGUCGACUGUGACCUCGUUGAUGGCACAAUCAAAAUAGAGAGAACUCAAAUUGGAGACCUGGAGAUGGGUUCGAUGAUUCCCCCUGGCCUAAAUGUUCGUGGUGCCCGGCUUGGAAAUCCCAUGUGGCGAAGCCCGGAGUCCCACGCUGCUGCCCGUAUCAACACUCCAUCUGACAUUUUCUCCUUUGGCCUUGUUUGCAUAUAUACCAUGCUUCACAAGAAUAUUUUCCAUAUCAACGAAAGGGAUAUAGAUGUUUAUGAAAAAGAUCGUAUUAUAGUCAAGCGGUUGCUCUCUCAUUUCGGGGAUGGCCCUGGUUUGGUUGGGUUCCUACAACACCUGGAAGAUGAUUCUGCCGAGUGGCGAGAUAUUGUUGUUGCUGUUGCUGAUGAGUUUACUCCGGAGGACCCGCGAAAGCCACUUUCGAUGUGGGAGGAUGUUGACGAGCCCUUUCGGGAUGUCCUCGCUAAGAUGACAAGUCUGGAUCCUGCGAGAAGGAUAACCGCAAAUGAUGCCCUUGAGCAUCCCUGGUUCAAUAAUAUAUGA